UUGAGGACUGAGGUUGUGGAUUCAAUUAUUUCUUCUUAAUUACAAGAAGAAAAGAAAGUGGUGGUGAUUCUGAUGUGCUGAAGAGAUCUGUUUUCAGAAAUAUGACGGCGCUUGUAGUUCACCAAUUCGCUCAGUGCAUCACUUGCCAUGCUUGGAGUCCAGAUCAUUCCAUGGUUGCAUUUUGUCCAAACAACAAUGAGAUCCACAUCUAUAGAUCCUUGGAAGACAAAUGGGAGAGGGUACAUGUUCUUCAGAAGCAUGAUCAAAUUGUUUCUGGGAUAGAUUGGAGUGCAAAAUCAAAUAAAAUUGUUACUGUAUCCCAUGAUCGGAACUCAUAUGUUUGGAGCCAGGAAGCAUCAGAAUGGGUACCAACCCUUGUUAUUCUAAGGCUAAACCGUGCUGCUCUUUGUGUUCAAUGGAGUCCUACAGAAAACAAGUUUGCAGUUGGAAGUGGGGCUAAAACUGUUUGUAUCUGCUACUAUGAACAAGAGAAUAAUUGGUGGGUCAGUAAACUUAUCAGGAAAAAACAUGAUUCUUCUGUGACAAGUGUUGCCUGGCAUCCUGAUAAUAUUCUUCUUGCUACUACAUCCACUGAUGGAAAAUGUCGAGUUUUCUCCACUUUCAUCAAAGGUGUUGAUUCGAGGGAUUCAGGAACAAGUCUUUCUUCGGAUGCAAAGUUUGGAGAGCAAAUUAUUCAGCUCGAUCUUUCAUUUAGCUGGGCUUUUGGCGUAAAAUGGUCCCCAAGUGGCAAUACCUUAGCCUAUGUGGGUCACAAUUCUACAAUCUACUUUGUUGAUGAUGUUGGCCCUUCUCCUUUGGCUCAAAACGUAGCAUUCCGUGAUUUGCCUCUGCGUGAUGUCUUAUUUGUCUCUGAAAGGAUGGUGAUAGGUGUAGGAUUUGACUGUAAUCCCAUGGUUUUUGCUGCAGAUGAAAGAGGCAUAUGGGGCUUCGUGAAAUUCCUUGUUGAGAGAAAAAUGGCACCAGCAAGCUCAAAAUAUGGUUCGCAGUUUUCUGAAGCCUUUGGGAAGCUUUACGGUCAAAAACAAGUAGGCAAUGAUGCAGUUGAAUCUUCAAGACCUCGGGGAGGCGUUCACGAGAAUUGCAUAAAUUGUAUUUUGCCACUGGAGAAAACAGGGGAUGGUAGAGUGAAGCGUUUCAGCACUUCUGGAUUGGAUGGUAGAAUGGUCAUCUGGGAUUUAGAAGACCAAGAAGAUAUUUUGUUAUAUUCAUAAUUGAAGG